AUGACUACCAGCGUUAUCAGCAGUCUAUAUCGGCCUAAGGGGGCUAAAUAUGAGUGCGAGCUGUGUGGGAAGGAGGCGAAGAUUAGAUGCAACGAGUGUCCCACGUACUACUGUUGCCCGGAACACUUCGAUCACGAUUGGAGGGGAAUUCGAGAGCUUAUAGCAAAGGAUACGACUCUGUUGAGGGAGAGGACGCAAGCACUUGGUAGUGUUGAGGACAAGGAGAGAGGCGAAGCGGAGCUGCUUAAUAUUAAGGAGGAAGUCCGACACAUAUGCUCGGAAACAGCGAAGGGGUUCCUUAUUCGAGAAGAGUGUUUCCUAGCCAUCCCUGGCGCCCUGCAAGCCUUGAAGCUCACGACUGAGCUCUUCGGAGCUACUUCAACUGAGCUCGUUGAUAGUUACCUCCUCUUAGCAGAGUGUAAUCUAGGAAUAGGUAAACUGAACGUAGCAGAGGAGUUUCUAGGCCUGGCGAAAUGGAUUAUACUGAAAAAUCCCGACGCUGGUAACCGUCCAGUGCUGAUUUCGGCACUGCAUAGGAAUUUCGGCAGACUCUAUGUCGCUCAGGACAAGCAUGUUGAGGCCCUUCGUUCCUUCGCUGAGGAUACUUAUCAAACCUCAUCGUGCUUUGGUCCUGAGGACCCGAGGACCGCAGUGGCAUAUUUCCAUAUGGGAAAGGUCUUCCACAUUACGGGUGAACGCACAAAGGCAGACUCGUUUUUCACGACGGUUAUAUGUAUAUAUGCACGAUGGUUUGAGAAGAGGAUUGACACUGAUGGUUGGUUGCCUGAGGUUACUCAACUCGUAUAA